CAUGCAUAAAACAUCAGCAAAACAUGAGUCGCUGAUGCAUCCUCCAGUGGUCUUGGGAGCAUAAAAGCUAUCAGAAUAAACAUCAGACGAAGAGAAAUGAAGAGCCUGAAACUGCAAGUGCUGUGGGUUCUGUUGCUGAACAGCCUCAUCGGAGGGGCGCCGUAUGACAGGUACAAAGUGUUGCGUGUGGGUUUCCCGCGCAGAGCAGAUGACGGCGAGCGGCUGCAGCGUCUGGUGGCGGAGACUGCCGGAGCGGAGGUGUGGAGAAGGUCUGUCGAGGGCGCCCAGGAGGUGUGGGAGGUGCUCGUCCCGCCUUCGGGAGGCUCGAGAUUCGCCUCGGAUCUCAGCCAGGGACACUACUCCCUGAGUGUUAAGAUCGAGGAUGUGCAGAAAUUACUGGACGAGCAGGAGAGCGAGCGAGUCGCCCUGCGCCGGCACAGAACCUCCUCUGCUUUCAGUCACUCGAAUUACAAUGACCUUCAAGACAUCUAUGGAAUUCUGGACAAGCUGGAAAGUGAAAAUCCUCUUGUGAGCACCUACGUGGCUGGUACAUCUCUCGAGGGCAGGCUUAUUCGCGUGGCGCAGGUGUCGGUCGGCGGAGAUAGAACCAGACAGGUUGUGUGGAUAGACUGUGGCAUCCACGCCCGGGAAUGGAUCUCGCCAGCAACGUGUCAGUGGGUACUGGAUCAGCUGACGAGCGGGUAUAAUGCAGACCCAGCCAUCACAGAGCUGCUCGACGCCUAUGACUUCCACAUCCUGCCAGUGGUCAACCCUGAUGGCUACGCUUUUUCGUGGGAAGAGGACAGGCUCUGGCGAAAGAACCGUCAUCCCUACAAUGAGACAUGUGUUGGCGUGGACCUUAAUAGAAAUUUUGACUCUCACUUUGGUGGCAUUGGAUCAUCCAAUAUCCACUGCUUGCCCAUCUACCAUGGUGAGAUGGCAUUCUCUGAGCUGGAGACACAGGCUGUGAGGGACUCCCUUACCAGUCUUAAGGGCAGACUUAAGGCUUACUUUGCCCUCCACUCAUUCUCCCAGAAGUGGAUGUUCCCAUAUGGGUACAACUUUGAGAAACCCGAGAACUAUGACGAACUGUUACGGGUUGCCAGUAUUGGAGCAGAAGCCCUGUUUGCUGUGAAUGGUACAGAGUACUCGGUCGGAAGUCAGGCUAUCACCAUUUAUCCCAAUGCAGGCACAGCAGUGGACUGGGUGUACGAUUCCCUGGGUGUGUCUUACACUUACAUAAUAGAGCUGCCAGACAAGGGAGACUAUGGAUUUCUACUUCCCCCAAGUUUUAUUGUCCCAGUUGGGCAAGAAACAUGGGCUGGCAUAAUGGCAGCCAUCAAAGCUAUGUAGUUCGGCUUUCAAGGACAAUUAAUAUGUAUGUAAAUUUUGAUAUCAAAACAAUUUAGAAACUAUUGGCAUUAUUGAGGAUUAAAUUAUUCAUUGCACAGAACGUUGUUUCAUUGCAAUAAACCUGGAAAGUGUAAA